UAUUCUGGCGGUAGUAUAUACUCAUCGGUGACUAUUUAGUUAACGGGAUACCAGAGUUUUCUGAUUUUGGAAGUCUGAUGACUUUUCUUUUUUCUGUUUUGGAGUGGGUGAUUCCUGUAUUUUUGUAUUAGUGAAAUCAUUUCAGAGCUGAUGAAUGGGAUGUCAACAAAUGAGCAUGGGAAGGGAUAUUGAAAGUCACUAGCAAGAGAGAAGAAUUGAUGUGAUUUUGUAUUGGGGUUUUGAAACUUUCUUUAUCUUUUCUUUAACUUUCUCUCCUUUUUCUUUUUUAUAGAAGAAGAAGAACGACCACAGUUGUUUCUUUUUAUAGAAGAAGAAAAACGACCACGGGAGAAAAUGAGUUGUUCAACAGGUGUUGAGUUUGAAACCAUGUUCGAACAGCUCAGCCACCUCAUAAAAGAAAAGAUUCUUAGGGACAGAAAUGAAGAACAAAAGUUUAUGACUAGUCUUUGGGAAGACUGUCUAAAACUAAAUUCAGUAAGGAAGCAAGAGGAAGGCUCAAAAAAAGAAAUACAAGAGCUGAGGGAAGAAAUACAAGAGCUGAGGGAAGAAAUUAAAAGAACAAAGGAAGAAAUUAAAAGAACAAAGGAAGAAUAUAAAAGAACAAAGGAAGAAAUACAAGGGUUGAGAGAAGAAUUUGAAAGAAAGAACGCUGAGAUGGAUGAACGCAGAAAAGAUAGCAAAGAAGUAUUGAAUAUGUUGAUGGGAAGACUAGCUGACAUAGCGGUAUCUCUAUAGACACGUUUUCUUUGUCAUGUUGAUGAAAAAUUUGUAAAUAAUAUCAAAAUAAAAAUUCUCAAAAGGUCAAACAACUUAGAUUUUUUUUUUCUUUUUUUUGCAAAGCUUAAACUUGAAGGAGGAUAGUUCAGAUUGGAAAUGAGACAAACUUGCCAUACCAAGUACUGGUAAAUAAAGUAUGCGGA